GGCUCAUUGGACGGAAUCACGGAACGGUGAUGACAGCCCUAGAGAAUCUAAAGUAGUCUUGAUCUUGGAGUUUUCAUGGAGUCGUUUUAGACCACACGUGGAGAAGUGGACGGAAUAUUGGGUUGGUCUACAUUGGGGAAAAUUCUGUUGGUUGGGUGUUAUUUUAGUGAUUCUCAGUUAUUUGAAGUUGAUUCGUUCAAUUGACAUGGAGGAGGAAUAACCGGGGUUUGGGAUGCCCUAACCUGGGUGAUCGUGGAGGCAUUAAAGACUGUUAGGAGUCAUUGGAGACGAAGGCUGAAGGUGAGCUGAAGUAACUUGAGAUAUUGAUAUUCCUUCAGAGAAUUUCAUAGAGCGGGAGAAUAAAUUAAAAAUGGUUGAGCAUUUGAGAAACGUUGACGUCGAAAAUUACAAGAUUGGUCAGCGCAUCGCGUGUGAUGGUCACUACGGUACAAUCUACUACAUCGGUGCAAUUGAAAACACGGCAGGACUUUGGUUGGGUAUUGAUUGGGAUAAUCCUGGCCGAGGAAAGCAUAAUGGAACAUACCAUGACAAGGAAUACUUCAAAGCACGAUAUCCAACUUCUGGAUCAUUUGUACGUCCAGGAAAAGUUAAAUCAGGAAUAUCUUGUAUAGAAGCAAUAAAAAAUCGUUAUGGCUACAUAGACGAUGAGUUAGCUGGAGUCAACAGAGAGCAUAUAAUGAAUUUACGGAAGGAAAUCAACGCUCCAUUUUUGGAGAUGGUGGGAUUUUCUAAGGUAAACAGAAAACAGAGUAACUUCGAUCAGUUGAGCAUUGUAUCCGUUCGUGAGGAAUGUGUUUCUACCUCUGGAGAUCCAGGAAUCCUUGGAGAAUUAUUUCCUAAUAUUGAAGAGCUGGAUUUAUCGAAAAAUUUGAUCAAUUCAUGGGUGACUAUCGAAGAUAUUUGUUCACAGCUGAUGAAAUUGGAUCGUCUCAACCUUAG